AUGACGAUGAUGAUAGUCGCGUUGUUUUUGAGUCUGGGUGUGUUCUCCGCGGACGCGAUUAAACACCAACACUCGACUUUGAAGAGGAGUGCCGGGGAAGCGUCGCCAACGCCGGUCGAGAUGGAGGAAACGACGACGACGAAAGAACAUCUCCUGGACCCAGCGCUGAACACGGACGAAGUCCGCGACGCGGCCAAGCAAGUUGGACACAUCACGGAUAUGGACGCGUAUUUAGCCGCGAUUGAACACAAAAUGGACGUGUUGGCGGAACAUCCCGCGCAUAACGUUGAGGACUAUCCCGAAACCGAGCAGUUAGUCAUGCACUACCAAGCGAUGCAUCCGGACCGAGAGCUGACGACGGAGCAAUUGAAGGACCGGACGCUGCACCCGGGGAAGUACCACUUGCAAGAGGACCAGAAGAAGGAAAUCGAGAAGGAAAAGUUAAGGGAGGAGAAGCGAGUGCGGAUGAAGAUUGAAAAAGCGAAAGCGAAGAUUCGGAAUCAAAAGAUGAGCAAAGAGGAGAUUGAGCUGCUGAAAUCGGUUGGGAUUGAUCCGAAAGAUGCGCAGAACGUCGCCAUCGCGGAGGUUUCAAAGAAGAUGAACAAAGAGGCGGCGGAGAAAUCUGGCGAUUUGAAAGACGACGAGUUGUACAAGAAGUUUGAAGCGCAGAGGUUACAGUACAUGCACAAGAUAGCCACGAGUGGUACCGCGGAUUGGGACGAUCAAUUGAAAGCGUACCAAGAGAUGAUGGGUGAGAAGAUGAAGAAUCCUGAGGCGUACGACGUCAUCGCGAACGAAGGUAAAUCGACGACGAUGGACGCGACCUGGAUCGAGCCGACGCCAGGGACGGAUGAGUACAAAAAAUGGGUGCGUGACGGACGACCGAGACCGAAUGAGGUGAGUUUGAUCGACGCAAACGGAGGCGUGGCGAAAGCUGAUCCGAAGGUGAUGAAGGUCAACCCAAAAACGGGGAUGACGUACGAAGAGGAGAAGCUUUUCAAGGAGAUGCAACAAGAAGCGAAGAGUUUCAAACCAACCGUUGCAGAAUACGAGAAGCAAAAGUACGUGCCAAAGUGGACAAAGUUGCACGAUUACUCCAACUUCACGGACAAAAUGCGUCGAGGGAACUUGAACACGGAUGAAAACGGCAUGCAGCUCGAGGAGUACUCGAGCGGCUUCACGGCGACGACCGAUGGGGACGAAGACGAGAGCGAAUUGGCCGGACCUAGACCGUUUCCAGUGUACAAAGGCGUGAAGAAGAACGUGAAAACGAUCAAAACGGUUGCCGAGUUCUAUCAAAAGAUCCAAGUGUGUUUGCAAGAGGCGCCGGUGAACGGCAAGUGCUUCAAAUUUUCGCAGCGCACGGGAGAAGGGACCAUCGAUCAGUGGGAUGUUUCCAAAAUCACCGACAUGCGCAACGCUUUCGUCAACCGCGAACAGUUCAACGGCGACUUGUCCAACUGGAACACAACCGCGGUGACUUCCAUGCAAGGUAUGUUCAAAGGCGCGAAGAGCUUCAACUCGCCGUUGACGUACUGGAUCACCACGAACGUGAAGGAUAUGGACAGAAUGUUUGACGGCGCAUGGGAUUUCGAUCAACCUAUGGACUUUUUGGACACUAGAAACGUCAAAUACAUGAACUACAUGUUCAGAGACACGUUUAUGUUCAACCAAAACAUCAACUCUUGGGACAUGCGCGGCGUCGUUUCCACCGAGUACAUGUUUUACAACGCCACGAGUUUCAACUCGCCGUUGGACAAAUGGGAUGUCUCGAACAAUAAAGUCAUGGCACACCAAUUUGAAAACAGCAGAGUGUUCAAUCAAGACAUCUCCAAGUGGAAAGUUGGCGCGGUAACGACCAUGGAACGCAUCUUUUGCGACGCCCCGAAUUUCAACCAAGACAUUCGCGGUUGGUUCGACAUCAUCUCGAAGAAAGCGAACACGAAAGACAUUAUCAACAACGGGACAAAAGCGUUCGUCAAACAUUACAGCUGCGACGACACGAGCGAUUUGUCCUCGUGCGUACCCAUUGUCAGCCACUUGGAAGAAUCCGAUGGUUUUUUCGGCAUCCCGAGAUACGAUCCUCGCACUUUGCAAGGUUUCGACGACUUGGAGUUUGGUGUAAACGACAACUACACGAUGAUGUUAGUUGGACAAUCGCUUCCCGGCGUUGCCGUUGCCGUUUUUGUUUUGUUCUUCUCUUUCGUCUUCUGGCAUCGACGACACUGGUUUGAAUCUUGCUUUGGCCGAAACGCGUGUAACUGGACGCCGUUCUCCGGAACUGGUUUGUUCUUUGCGCGCGCGCAGUUGAUUUUAUUUGCCUUGAUUGCCUGUCUCGGUUGCUUUCUCGUUUGGAACAAAGGUAUGGCGUUGCAACAGGAUAUUCAAGUUAUCGCGGACAGUAUUUCCAACUCCACCGCGGAAAUGAACGCGCAAAGCGUGCGAAUUAUCCAAGCUUUGGACGACGCGAAAAUGUUCACCUACGAGGCGGAAACCGAAGCCUUGGCUUUGGCAGACACCAUCGCGAACAUUUCCGAAAUCGACGGGAAGAUGGAAGAGUACACGGAAGUUGGAUUAGUCACCGCAGAUGUCGCUUUGAUUUUAGCCGCGGUGAUGGGCUUGAGUGGCAUUAUUCUCGCGCUUACCUCUCUCGUCGGCAAAUGGCGAUGGUUUACGUACUUGACUGGAUUUCUCACGCUUUCGCUCGUCGGUUCGUGGUUGUUCUGGGGUGUACUCACCGGUACGACGACGUUCUUGGCAGACUUUCAGUACGCUUCGGCAGACUACUCCGCCUCGCAAAAAUUUGGUUACACCUUCGAUUCGGAUUUAGAAAACGCGUUGCCUUGCAUGGAUGGUAAAGACGUAGUUCAACUCAUGAACACCGCGCGCAUGUCCAUCGCCGCUGGCGUAUAUCUGUACAACGAUUUCAUUCAAAUGUACGAUCCGAGGAAAACCUUACCGCUCAUCGAUCAAGAAUACGAUGGCGACGCAGAAGCCGCUUCCAAGUAUUGCGCGUUUGAUAGACCCGGGGAUGAUUAUUACACCGCAUUUUGCGACGCUUAUCGCCGCGCGUUGAUCCCGUCUGACACGAAGACGUACAUCAAGACGCAAAGAGGUUAUUUUAACGAAACUGCAGGAAGGAACCAUAAGGUGAAGAUUAACGAAGUUGGCACUAUGUAUUCUCGAUGCCAAUACGACUCAACGCAAGUUGCGUUGGUUGAGCAGUGCGGUAAGGAAGAACCGGCGCAAAUUCCGGCCAACCUAUUCGACGCUAUGGUGAAGAACUCGGAAGUGAUAAUCACUUUGAAGGAUCAAGAGUCGGACAUCAUGGCGUUAGCGACGUGUAAGAUGGUUGCAGAUGCUUUGGAAAAGUUAGAAGACUCCGUGGACGAUGCGUUGGAGUCUAUGAGCAUAGUUUGGGGUGGGUGGCUCAUCGCGGCGUGCGCCUUUUUGUUAUUGUGGGGGUCCUCUUUGAUCGUGAUUGUCCGGUUACAAAACGGCAACACGGGAAUUGAUUCUAUUCUCGAUAGCGAGAAGGAUGCCCUCUUUUCGGUGGCUGUACCGAAAUUCAAUAGCUAUGGAACGGGAUCAAAGUCUAUGACGGAGAGUAUAAUUAGCGGUCAACAAGUGGUGUCGGAAUCGGCGACGGACGCCAAAUAUAAGUAUAAAUUCCAAGCGAAACGGUGA